CAGGGGGACUACAAUUUUUCGAGGACUUGCGCAGUAGGACUUCUGAGUCCUUUAAAUGUACAGUACGUGCAAAGAUGGCAGCUCAAGUCGACUUGCACCGUGCGAAAGUGUCAGAAGAAAAGGUGAGGUGCAGUCUGGAUCGAUUCCUCAAGGAGAAGAAGAAAAAGAAGAAACGGGAGCUGUCGCCCUCCGCUGACAAACGGGAGAGGCUGGAGAAGAAAGUGAAGCUCCAUCACCACCACCACCACCACCACAACAGCCACCACCAGCACGGCGAGCACCGGAGCCUCCAGCCGCAUCAGCUGCAGCCCAGUCCCAAAGCCGUCAACUUCAGCGGGGACGAGCGCGUGCUGCACAGCCGCCACCACCAGCAGCAGCACGGCCACGGCCUCAGCAACGGCGCGCAGAAGAGCCUCCAGCCCGCGGUGCCCUCGCCCUCCCCGCGGAAGCCCGCGGAGCAGCUGCAGAAGAGGCGCGCGGCGCCGUCGGAGCCGCCCGCGCUCUUCACCUUCACGCCCCUCAAAGUGGUCAAGGCCCAGCCGCGCGACUUCCAGGAGAAGCCCAGGGACGCGGAGGUGAAAGCCAAGCCCAAGAAGGAGAACGCGGAGAACGCGAAUGUCAAGCACGUGGAGCUCAAUAAAAACAAGGUUUUUGUGACUUCUCCUUCUUUACCUGUAGAACCGAGGCCUCACAAUGAGAACGUCAAGUCUCUGACUCUGGAGGAAUAUCUCCUGAAGAAGAAAAAGAGGAAGAAGAAGCAUCGCGAGGACGAGCACGGCGCCAAGAAGGCGCGCUGCACGCGCAACAAAGCGGUGCAGACCGCCGGCGCCGACCUCCGUCCGCCGCUCGGCUCCGACGCGCCGCCGUCCGCCGCGGCGAAGCGCGACGACGGCCUCAAGCAGCAGUCCUACCUCCACGCGCUCAAACUGGGACACGGCCCCUUCCUCUCGCAUCAGGACCACUGCAUCCGCAGCGCGUGUCUGCAGACGGGCUCGUGGUACGGCCGCUUCAUGCACGAGGAGAAGCAGGCCAACGGCGGGGGGUCGGUGCUGCACGCCUACGCCGACGAGUUGGCCUGUCUGGCUCCGGCCGAGAUGGACGGCUUUGCCCGGGAGUUCCUGGAGCUGGCCUUUGCGGAGAGCCCGCGGGGCGCGGCCAAGUACGCUUUGACGGUGGUGCACAGGGCGGCGUCCUAUCUACCUGACUUCCUGGAUUACUUUGCCUUUAACUUCCCCAGCACGCCAGUGAAAGUGGAGAUACUGGGCAAGAAAGACAUCGAGACCACCACUAUCGCCAACUUCCACUCUCAGGUGAACCGUACCUACUGUUCAGGAACGUACCGGGCUGGACCCAUGAGGCAGAUCAGCCUGGUGGGUGCCGUGGACGAGGAAGUUGGAGACUAUUUCCCAGAGUUCCUUGACAUGCUGGAAGAGUCGCCCUUCCUUAAGAUGACCCUGCCAUGGGGAACCCUGUCGAGCCUGACCAUGGACUGUCGCUCUCAGAGUGAUGACGGGCCCAUAAUGUGGGUGCGACCCGGAGAACAAAUGGUUCCCACCGCCGACAUGCCCAAGUCGCCCUUUAAGCGCCGCAGGUCCAUGAAUGAGAUCAAAAAUCUGCACUACUUGCCGAGAGCAAGCGAACCCAGAGAAGUUCUGUUUGAGGACCGGACCAAGGCCCACGCCGACCACGUAGGCCAGAGUUUUGACUGGCAGAGCACUGCUGCUGUGGGGGUACUGAAGGCAGUGCAGUUCGGGGAAUGGAACAGCCGACCUCGGAUAACUAAAGAUGUGGUGUGCUUCCAUGCUGGCGACUUCAACGAAGUGGUCCAGAGGCUGCAGCUGGAUCUCUACGAGCCCCCGGUGUCUCAGUGUGUCCAGUGGGUGGAUGACGCCAAGCUCAACCAGCUGAGGCGAGAGGGCAUCCGCUACGUGCGCGUCCAGCUCUGCGACGACGACAUUUACUUCAUCCCGCGCAACGUCAUCCACCAGUUCAAGACGGUGUCGGCCGUCUGCAGCCUGGCGUGGCACAUCCGGCUCAAACGGUACCAGCCGGAGGAGAAGGUCAAGGAGGAGGAGCAGCCCAAUGGGCUCAACCCGGCCUUCUCCUCCUCGCCCGCCCGGCCCGAGGCCGUCUCCUGCGCGAGGCCUCAGAGCGAGAGCAUCAACGGAGGCGUGGCCACGACCGAGGAGCCAGAGUUCCAGAGGCCGGCGACACCUCCCCAGGAGCCCCAGCCGGCCCCCCCGCAACCCACCAAAUCCACCCAUCCGCCCCCAACAUACCAGGAUCCACAUUUUUAUCUGGCGCCAGACCGAGCUGGUUGUACAUCUGCAAAAGAAGCCACUGUUCCUAAAGCGCUUGGCCACUCUGCAGCCUUUCCCAAAUGACCUGCUCUCCCGCUUCCUGUCCGCUGCCGGAGGAAGGAUUUUACACUAAGACUGACAUUUAUGUCAAUCAGGAAACUCCUCACCUUAAACUUUUUAAUCUUUAAUCUUCAAAUGUGUUUUUUCAUUUUCAAGUAUGUUUAUUUGAACUGUGUGCUGUGUAUUGUUCAUGUUUGGUUGCGUCUAAACUGGAACUUUCUACUAUCUCAUGUAAAGAGAAUGUUAUUUUUAAAACUGACAAAAAAGUGUCCACGCUUGUUUUGGUGCGGACAUUUUUUUUAAUGUGUGUUUAGGCUUUAGCUGUGACUUUUGUACAGUUAUGUGACGACGGACGUCACAAAAGCAGGUAGACUGAUCGUUUGUGUUGAAUAUCCCGAUACUGACGUUACGCUGCUUCAUUCCUUCUUUCAUUCUUCAGACGAUCGCGUUCAUUAGACUGGGGACAUAGUCUUUUGGUCUUAUAAAUGUAUAGUAUUACGUUACACAUACUGGAAUUCACAGGUUGGCCAUAAACAGUGAAUACAGGAAAAUAGGAAAUAUAUUUGGGACUGAAGAUGAGACCCAUUCGUUUAUAUUCAAACAAAGCACUUAAAACAUUGGUUCAGCUUUAUAAGUUAAAUCACUUCUAAUUUAAGUAAUUUUAUACAAUGUCCUUUUUUUACUGUCAGAAGUAUUUUGAUAUUUUAUUUAUUUUCUUAAGAUUGAAGUCAACAUAUGACCAUAGGUUUGUAACUGUCUGAGCUCCUCUAAAUGACAAAGGAACCAGAGCUGGGGCAGCAAUAAUGGUCUGAAUCCUCAGAUUUUGGUGUAAAUAUUCUAGCGUAUCCUAGUGUUCGAGUUGGGGGUGUGUGAAUGUUGUCCGUGCACUACUUCUUCAUCUGGUUGAAAUCCAUUCACAGUUCUAUCAACCACUGGGUUGAUGAAGGCACCGUUGUAGAGAUCCCAUGGUCGUUUGUGAGUUCAGAUGUCACGUCAGAGGAGGAUGUCCAUUAAACCUAAACAACGACACCAAUGAAUUCCUUUUAAAAAUGUUGCAAAAGGUGAAGAUCAGCUAACCUGAACGGCGAUUUAAACUUCGCAGAUGUUUCCUGAGUUCUGUAUAAAGUGAGUGAGCACCACUGACUUUGUUGAGUGCCUUGUAUACAUUGAGCCUUGCUUUUAACUGUGUUCAUUUGUAGACGACUCAGCCGGCUGUCGGUCAAGCGACUUUGAUGUAUUUAGUUUUCACUACGUUAAAAAGCAAAUCACGUGACUGUGUUUUCUUUCCACAUCUGCAUGUCGCCUGCAACCAUGGAAACCACCAUGCCCCUCGUGCACAUUGGACAAAAGCAGAGUGUCUCUUUCUGUUUGUCAGCGAUCACACGACCUGGAAAUAAUAAAUCAAUGUGGAAAUAAAUCAAAAGAUGUGACACAUCAGCCUUUGGUCGUAUGUGUUUUAGGAAUUUAGUUUUAAGUUACCGACUUCUGUAGCUUCUCCACUGUUCCUCAUUUCAUUCAUUUACAUGACACCAUUGUCUCUUCUCUCCCUUAUUCGUGCGUCUUCCUCUCCUACACCUUCCUAGAGAUAUGUUGAUAGUCUUUGACCUUUCUUUGGUUGUGUAAUAAUUCAUAAAGUUUAUAAAGUAACUGAGAUUCAAGAAGACAAGGUUACAGAAUAAAACAGCACCUACUGUGGCAUGUGAGGGUAACAGCACCCACUGGGUCAUGUGUUUGAUGGAGGAGACCUGAUGUGCAACAGAAGUGUAGUACCACCAAGACCAUUAUGAUUGGGUACAAAUAUAAUAGAAUAAUGGUGAAAAACACCGUAAAAGAUCAAGAUGAUGAUCUAACGUCCGGGAAGCUGAAUCCAACCCCGUGAGCAACAGGUUUAUGAGGUGAUUUUGUGACCAAAAAGUCCCAGUCGAUCCUGUCUUCUGUCACUUUUCUGGGGAAUAAACGCUUUGUCAAACCUGGACCUUACUGCUCUGGACUUAGUCAUUUUUCCUACAUGAGGAUUACUGCUUUGGACUCCACACUUUGGGAGUUUACUAAUUUUAUGGAACCUCACCUUAUUACUGUGGAUUAACUUAGCUUUUCACCUCUGGGAAUUUACUAAUUUUCUGGAACCGUACUACUGUGGAUUUAGUUCAAUUUUCCUCCUUUUGGGAUUCAUCAUUUUAUCUCUGGAAUUUAUAUAUUUUGAAUGUUAUCAUCUUAACAAAGGAUAAUUUACAACUAUUGGAUUUAUAAAAGCUCAGUCAGAUUGGAAUACAAAAUUUAAAGGUUUUAGUGUUGAACAGGACAUUUUCUGUUGGGGGGGCUUCUUCCCACUGUUGCGCAGAGCUAGUUCAUUUGGGCUUUCUUCUGUAUAUGCUAUCGUAUUUUUAUGUUCUCUCGAGGUCUUUAACCAUACUUUGUGGAUCUCCUUGUUCAGUAUGAACAAACAAAACGAAUAACAUUGGAGUUCAGCAUUUUUAAUAAAUUAAUUUUCUGUGUAACAAAGUUUAGCAAAGUAGUUGCAUUCUAUGCAUAUUUAAUAUGCAUCACAUUCAGCGAAACACAUUUAUUAUUUUAAAAAAGUAACAUCCACUGUCGUAGCACGUGACCAUGAACAAGAUAAACCUAAACGCUAUAACAUCCUGAAUAACCCAGAAGCACUGGAAUUCCAAAAGCGCACAUGCACACACACACACACACACACACACACACACACACACACACACACACACACACACAAACACA